GACCCCCGGCGUGGGCACCCAUCUGGUGAGAGCCCCCCCCUGCCCAGCCCCCUCCAAUGCCUCCAGAGGCUCAGGAUGCCCCAGGUGCCUCGGUGAUCACCGGGACGGGGGUCAGCACCCACCAGCAGCCGCCUCACCCCGACAUCCCACGCCACCCCACUGGAGGGUGAGCCCUUUUCUCCUGAAACGAGCCCAACCAGGUGAUCAAAAUAGAGUCCCUCAAGGUGACAGUCGACUUCUUGAAGGUGCCCCUGGGCCUGAAGAAGCCCCCUCUGAAGGAGGCCCUGGCUGCUGUCCCGGGGCCGAGGAGACCCAAAAUCCUCAGGGUGGAGCGGCACAAGCCCCGGCUCUCCGACACCAUGGACAAUGAGUCCCAAUACUCGGGAUAUUCCUACAAAUCCGGGCAUUCCCGCAGCUCCCGCAAGCACAGGGACCGGCGGGACCGACACCGCUCCAAAAGCCGAGAUGGGAGCCGUGGAGACAAAUCCGUGACCAUCCAAGCACCAGGAGAGCCCUUGUUGGACAAUGAGUCAACCCGGGGGGAUGAUAGGGAUGACAACUGGGGGGAAACCACCACGGUGGUGACGGGGACGUCGGAGCACAGCAUCUCACACGAUGACAUUACCCGCAUCACCAAGGACAUGGAGGACAGCGCCCACCUGGACUGCUCCCGGCACUUGGGCGUCUCGCUGGCCGGGGCACUGGCACUUCUUGCCUUCCUCACCCCCCUCGCCUUCAUGCUCCUGCCCCAAGUGCUGUGGCGGGAGGAGCUGGAGCCUUGCGGGACCCCUUGCGAAGGGCUCUUCAUCUCCGUUGCCUUCAAACUCCUCAUCCUCCUCUUGGGAAGUUGGGCUCUUUUUUUCCGCCGCCCCAAAGCUUUCUUCCCUCGAGUCUUUGUCUUCCGCGCUCUGCUCAUGGUCCUCGUCUUCCUCCUCGUCGUUUCCUACUGGCUUUUCUACGGGGUGAGGAUCCUGGAUUCCCGGGACAGGAAUUAUCAGGGGGUGGUGCAAUACGCUGUCUCGUUGGUGGACGCUUUGCUUUUUGUCCACUACUUGGCCGUGGUCCUCCUGGAGCUGCGGCAGCUCCAGCCCCAGUUCACGCUCAAGGCCGUGCGCUCGGCCGACGGCGUCAGCCGCUUCUACAACGUCGGGCACCUCAGCAUCCAGCGAGCGGCCGUCUGGAUCCUGGAGAAUUAUUACCACGAUUUCCCGGUCUACAACCCUGCCCUCCUCAACCUGCCCAAAUCCCUCCUCUCCAAGAAAAUGUCAGGAUUUAAGGUCUAUUCCCUCGGCGAGGAGAACACCACCAACAACUCCACGGGACAGUCCCGGGCGGUCAUCGCGGCAGCCGCACGCCGGCGCGACAACAGCCACAACGAGUAUUACUAUGAGGAGGCUGAGCACGAGCGCCGGGUUCGGAAGCGUCGGGCCAGGUUGGUGGUGGCGGUGGAAGAAGCUUUCACCCACAUCAAGAGGCUGCAGGAGGAGGAUCAGAAGAACCCAAGGGAGAUCAUGGACCCUCGGGAAGCAGCUCAGGCCAUCUUUGCCUCCAUGGCUCGGGCCAUGCAGAAAUACCUCCGGACCACCAAGCAGCAGCCCUACCACACCAUGGAGAGCAUCCUGCAGCACCUCGAGUUCUGCAUCACCCACGAUAUGACACCCAAGGCAUUCCUGGAGCGGUACCUGACAGCUGGACCCACCAUCCAGUACCACAAGGACCGCUGGCUGGCCAAGCAGUGGACCCUGGUCAGUGAGGAACCAGUGACCAACGGGCUGAAAGAUGGAGUGGUCUUUGUGCUGAAACGCCAGGACUUCAGCCUGGUGGUGAGCACCAAGAAGAUCCCUUUCUUCAAGCUCUCAGAGGAGUUCGUGGACCCCAAGUCGCACAAGUUUGUCAUGAGGCUGCAGUCAGAGACCUCCGUGUGAGCUGAAAAAGGAGGGAGAGGGGUUUGGGGAAGGGGGGGAGACCCUCUCCACACCCCCACCCUCUCGUCCUCCCCAUUUUUGCCAGGGCUCAGGGAGGCCAUGGCUGGAGGGCAGAACUGCAGUGGGUGCAGCACCCAUGCCUGGCUCCACGACCUGCCUGUGACCACUCGCCCUCUGCCUCGGCUUGACCCCUGGUGGGGUGGCCUGAACCCUUCCUCCUCCUCCUCCUCCUCCUCCU